UGCCUUUCAAAAGAUGUAAUUUGCAGUAUCAAAGGAAAACAAAUUUUCCUUGGCUGCCAAGUCUUGACAAUUAGAAUUAUAUUAGAAAUUGUAUUAAGUUUCCUGUAUUAGAACAUUAUGCUUCCUGUAUUAGAAUUCCUUUUCAAUUAGGAGUUUUUCCCGCACCUUCUAUAUAAACUGUAUUAGAUGCAGCUAAUAAAUUUUAUCUGCGGCAACUCAUAAAAAGAAGGCCAUGAAGAAGCUCCUCAGCGCAGCUGCCGAUGCCGGAGACGUACCGAUAGACGUUAUUUGUGGUAUACUAUCGUAUCUCCCCGUCAAGUCGGUACUACGUUUCAGAUGCGUAUCAAAAUCAUGGUAUUCUCUUAUCAAUGAUUCUCACUUUAAAAAAUUACAUCUCCUUCGAUCACAUGAUCAGGUAUUGAUUCUCCAACUCCAAUGUUCGGACAAGUAUUAUAGUUUCUAUGGUGGACCCUUUUUUGAUGAGUUAAUUUCAGGAGAAUCUACACAAAUGGAAUCACUCUUCACUCCUAUUCCUAAUCCACCUAUAUGCAAUCGCACGAAAGUUUUGGCGGCUUGCGAUGGCUUGUUACUCGUGAGAAACUGCGAUAACUAUGGUCAGUUAACUUUAUUGAACCCUUCGACUAGAGAGCGUCGUAGUUUACAGGAUGUUAAAUACUGUGAUUUUACGCCCAACGGUUCUUUUUACGACUUGGGUUAUGAUUCAUCAACGGAUGACUACAAGGUACUUCUCCGACAGACAUUUUUUCGCUCUGAUCGAAAGCCGUGGCAAGAAAUUAAUAUUCUUUCUGUGAAAACAAAUUGUUGGCGGAAGUUUAAUUAUGUCGGUGUAUUUGGUGAGCGCAAGAAUGCCGUAAAUCUAAAUGGAUCUCUGAAUUGGGUGCAUAUGCACUGUUGUACACCAGAACAAGUGUCGAAAGGUAAGUUUAAGACAGCCAAGAUAGUUUCAUUUUCUCUAGCAAACGAAACGAUAACAGAGAUGGAACAUCCUUGUUAUUACAAUGAUUUUACAUUGCUGGAUUUGGGUGUUUUGCAAGGAUGUCUUUGUUUAGCAGUGGCCGAAGGUCGGACUCCCUCGUUCACCAUCUGGUUAAUGAAAGAAUUCGGAGCGACAAGCUCAUGGACUAAGGUUAUUACCAUACCGCGACUAGGCGGUAUAAGUGUCCGUGGUGUAACUCUUUUGCCAUUUAAUUAUAUGAACAAAACAAUUUUCCUAAUUGAAAGUUAUAGUGGUGUUGGUGCUGACCUGUUGAUCCUGAAUGAUUUAGAGGCAGAAGAAGACUAUAAAAUUGUUAAGAUUACCAAUUUCCCAAGGCAUUAUUUGCCUCAUCUGGUUACAUUUUCAAGGAGUUUAAUUUCUCCAAAUUAAAUUUUCAACUUA